AUGAUCUUACAACUCAUAAUCCUCGCAAUAACAGCCGUCCUCUUCUACAACUACUACUGGAAACGCCGCAACCUACCGCCAGGACCACCACCACUACCAUUAGUGGGUAAUCACCACACCCUAGAAAGCUCUACUCAUUGGCCUGACGUUUUUGUGAAAUGGUCCCAACAAUACGGUCGAAUCUUUACUUAUUGGAUGAGCGAAAUGCCCAUCAUCGCCAUAACAGACGCCGACAUUGUAAACAAAGUUUUCGUCAAAGAUGGUGAUUCUUUUACGGAUCGCUUCAGCUUGGGAACGUUGGAUGAUAUGUGUCGGGGCGGACAAUACGGACUGAUCUUUGCUGGAUGGAAGUAUGCAAGGGAUCAUCGGCGGUUUGGAUUGAGGGUUUUUAGAGAUUUUGGCGUGGGCAAAAAUCAAAUGCAGGAGAAUGUGAGUAAUAUAAAAAAUGGUUUUUUUGGUGUGGUACUACUGGUACUGAAAAAUUUUUAAAAUUGUUAUUUUAAGUCACAAAAAAUAGUUUUAAUUAAAAUUAAAUUUCCAUAAAAAAAAACUUUUUGGUACAAAGUGUUACUACUAAUACUCAAAAAAUUUUUGUGCUAUUUUCAAAAUUUAAAAAUUUUUUGACACAAAUUGGUUGAAAGAAAAUAUUUGUGGUACAAAGCGGUACUAGUGGUACAAAGUGGUACCACUGGUAAUAAAUUUUAAAAAAAAUAAUUGAAAUUUAAUAAAAAUAUAUAUUUCAGAUUUUACAUGAAAUCGACACCUUACUACACAAAAUCGAAGAAGAACGUGAAAAAUCCGAAGAGUUUGAUCUGUUCCCUCAUACGGAUAUUGCUGUGGGAUCGAUUAUCAAUUCGCUGUUGUUUGGCUAUAGGUUCACUGAAAAUGUAAGUAAAUAAUAACAUGUGGCUAGCCCUAAUCCUAGUCUUUUUCAUGCUUAUGUUCAUGUCUAUGAUCAUGAGCAUGAGCAUGAGCGUGAGCAUGAGCAUAAGCAUGAGCAUGAGCAUGAGCAUGAGCAUGAGCAUGAGCAUGAGCAUGAGCAUGAGCAUGAGCAUGAGCAUGAGCAUGAGCAUGAGCAUGAGCAUGAGCAUGAGCAUGAGCAUGAGCAUGAGCAUGAGCAUGAGCAUAAACAUGAGCAUGAGCAUCAGCAUGAGCAUGAGCACCAACAUGAAGUUAUACAUACAUUUUUAGAAUAAAGAAGCCGAGUUUACAAGAAUGAAGCAUCAUCUUCAUGAAUGGAUGACCAAGUUUAGCAACCCAAUCAUUCGCAUCUGGAUUGCGACUGGUUUCCUACACAAACUGCCAAUCCUCGGCAAGUUCUGUAUGGACUUAGUCCGAACAUACCAAGACAUCUUCAAAGACAUGGACAACAACAUUGCCGAGCACAAAGAGCGUCUUCAAACUGAAGGUCAUACUGAGCCUCGCGAUUAUGUUGAUGCCUAUUUGAUGGAAGUUCAGAAGAUGGAAGCCAAUGGUGAAGAUACUUCACUGUUCUCUGACAUUCAGCUCAAGAACAUGGCUUUUGACUUCUGGCUAGCGGGCCAGGAAACUACUAGUACUACUAUCACUUGGGGUAUUGCUUUCUUGAUUCACAACCCUGAAGUGCAAAUGAAAGCUCACGAAGAGUUGGACAGAGUGAUUGGAAGUGAUAGAGUUAUCACUAUGAGCGACAAAAAUGAUCUGCCUUAUAUGAACGCUCUUGUUAAUGUAAGUGGGGUAGGGUAGAAUGAAGUACAAUAGGGUAUGGCAAAGUUGGGUAAGGUAAAGUAGUAUAAGUCAAGGUAGGAUAGAGUACGGUAGGGUAACGUAGGGUAGUGUAGGGUAACAUAAGGCAAAGUAAGGUACGACUGAGCAAAGUAAAGUAAGAUAGGGCAAAGUAAGGUAAGAUAGGACAAAGUAAGGUACGAUUGAGCAAUGUAAAGUAAGAUAUGGCAAGAUAAGGUAAAAUAAGGCAAAGUAAUGUAAGCUAGUUUAAUUUAAGGUAAGAUAGAACAAAGUAAAGUAAGAUAGGGCAAGUAAGGUAAGGUAAGAUAGGGCAAAGUAAGGUAAGAUAGGGCAAAACAAGAUAAGCUAGGGCAAGGUACAGUAAGAUAGAGCAAGGUUAGAUAAAAUAAAGCAAAGUAAAAUAAGAUAAAGAAAGGUAAAAUAAGGUACGGCAAUGUUUGGUAAGGUAGAGCUAGCUAAGGCAAGAUAGGUCAAAGUAGAAUGAGAUAGGACAAAGUAGGUAAGAUAGAGCAAAGUGAUAUAAGAUAAGGCAAACUAAAGCAAAAUUGAAUAAGGAAGGGUAGAAUAGCGUAAGGUAGGGUAGGGUAAUCCUUCUUUCAUGUAAUUAAACCUUAUUUUUUGGCUUAAAAUUUAAAAAAUUAUAUUUCAGGAAGUCCAGCGCUGCUCCAACUUAGUAGCAGAGAACGUACUUCGUGUAGCAUCAAAUGACUACAAUUUAAACGGCUAUGAAAUUAAAAAAGGUCAAAUAUGCAUAGCUCAAAUCUCAGCUAUGUUAGAAGACCCAGAGUACUUCCCAGAGCCAAAAUCCUUCAAACCAGAACGAUUCCUAGAUGCCAAGGGGCAAGUAAUGAAAGUAGAUGCCCUAAUGCCAUUUGGAGUGGGCAAACGAUCAUGUUUGGGUGAAGCAUUGGCUAGAAUGGAGCUAUUCUUGUUCAUGGCCAACUUAAUUCAUCUGUAUACAUUCUCACCUUCCACGAAAGGCAUGCCUGUUCUUCAAAAAUGGCCUACUGCCGGUUCGACGACUAUGCAUCCUUACACUUGUAAAGUAACUGCUAGAGAGGUCAAAACUCAUUGA